AUGGGAUCUAAAUUGUCAUGCAUGUCUAAACAAUCUGAAAAUAAUGGAAAAAUACCAAAAUCAAAGAAACCAAAAUUACUGACUAAAGAUGAAGCAACAAACGAGGUAGUUACAGUGACAACAAAGGUUAUUGAAGAUAAAUCUGAACCCCCUAUAACAACUGACGAAUCAAUCAAUAAUCAUAUUGUACCCAUUGAUAAUGAAACGAUUAAACUACGUUCACAUAUAUCUAUCUUAGAACCAGCACCAUCUAAUUAUGAAUUACCUAAACCAUUAUCUAUGUCACCUACAAUGAAUAUUUCAUCAAAUUCAAUUAAACCAACAUUAGAUCCAUCUACAUUUACUAAACAACUGAUUAUUAAUAAAUCAACAUUAGAUGAUAAUCAUAUUGCUCAACCUGUUGAUAGUAUAGCACGUGAAUUAGCUAGAAGUCAUACUAAACCAGCAACAUGGAAAGAUUUAUAUUGGUCAUUAAUUGGUAAACGUAAUCUAAUCAAUGAUGAAUUAAAAGUUAAAGCAUUAUUUUCAUGGUUAUGUUCAAUACCAGUUGGUUCCAUACCAUUUUUAACUUAUGAUGAAUUACAACAAGCUGAACAAGAUGAUAUACAAUAUGCAAAAGAAGCUUUAAAGAAUAAAUCGAAAAAAUUAAAAUUAGAUUCACCAGAAUUUAUAUUAAAUGAAAUGUCAUAUGGUAAAGCAACAUAUCUUCAAGCUUUUGAAUCAUUAUGUCAUUAUUCAAAUAUACCAUGUGUAACAGUGAAAGGUUUAGCUAAAGGUGUUGAUUAUGUAGUUGGUAUGCGUUUAAAUGAUAUAAAUGAUCAAUUACAACAACAACAAUCAUCAUCAAUUAUGCAUCGAUUACAACAUGCAUGGAAUGCUGCUUAUUUAGAUAAUAAAUGGGCAUUAUUUGAUCCAAUGUGGGCAGCGCAACGUUUAGCUGUUAGUGCUAAUACACGUUUAUCUCAAUUAGUACAAACUGGUCAAAUGGAUUAUGAAACAGAUAUGUUUUAUUUUAAUGUUGAUCCAGCUAAAUUUAUUUAUUCACAUUAUCCAUUUGAUGAAAAUUGGCAAAUGUUAAAACCACCAGUUACAUUAAAAGAAUUUGAAAACAGUGUUCUAUUGAAACCAGCUUUCUUCCGUCAUGGUCUUGGAUUACUGUCACAUCAAGAUUGUGUUAUACUUGCACCAAAUAAACUUGUUAUAAAAUUAUCCAUGCCAAAAACUUUAACAGAUACAUUGAAGUUUACAUUCAAUUUAAAAUAUGAAGGGAAGGAUGAUAAUCUAGAUUUGCCAAAUCUAAGUCAGUUUGGAAUACAUGAAUUAUCAAGACGUGAUGCAACGGUUACAUUUCAUUUUCGUUUCCCAAAACCUGGAGGUUAUAAGCUUACUUUAUAUGCACAACGUAUUGGUGAAAAGUUAUUUGCAGAUAUAUGUGAAUAUCGUGUAGAAUCAAAAAUGACUCUUACAAUUCUACCGUUUCCUCCAACAUCACAAGGACAUUAUGGUCCAGCUGAAAAAGCUAAAGAAUUAGAUAUUAUUACUAUACCAGAAGAUUUAGAAACUCACUUAAAUUGUCAUACUGGAAUAUUAGAAAUUAAAUUUACAACUAAAGAUCCACAACGCAAGCUUCCACGUUUAACUGCACGUUUAAAAUCAUCAAUUCAUGAAACAUCAAUGCUUACGGACUGUAUACUAUUGCGUAAUAUUGAAGCAACAUCACCGGGUAGUUUAAAUUCUGCAACAAAUCGUUUAUCUGGUACACAAACUAUACAAGGAUCACGUAUUAAUAUGAUAAUAUUGACAGCAUAUUUACCAACAGGUGGUGAAUAUGCAUUAGAAGUUUAUGGUGCACCAGCUGAUUCAGAUGAGAAUACUUCAUAUUUCUUGGUUUGGCAGUUUUUAAUCAAUUCUGAAUAUGGAGUUCGAUUAUCUACUCCAGUUAGAAAACGUUUAGCUACAAUGAAUCUAGGUCCUCAAGAUGAAACAUGGUCUACAUUAGGUUUAAAAUUACUUAGUCAUGAUGAUCCUUUAAUUCAUGUUCCAACAGCUGGUUCUAUUGAAUUAAAAAAGACUCGAAGUAAAUCAGAAAUUAUGAGUCAGUAUAUGAGUCAAGGAGAUAAAAUAAUGAAUGGUGUAUCUACAAAUGAUUCAUUAAUAGUUCCUACAACAUCACCAGAUCAAACAAAUGAAAUAGAUGAUGAAGUACAAGAUCCACGUAGUUGUGAUUUGAAAAUAAGAAUUUCCAAAGAAUCUCAACAAAAACUUUAUGUCGUUGGACAGUUUGUAGAUAUAAGUACACCAGAGGAAGAGGAUUGUACAAAUUAUCUAUUACAACAAUGGGAUGAAAUUGAAGAACCAAAUAUAAAUGAACAUUUAACCUAUUUUAUUCGUAUACCAAAAGGUGAUCAUUUUUAUAAAUUAUAUAUAUAUGCAAUACCAAUUAAUAAUAAUGAAUUACCACAAUCAUUACCAUUAGUUUAUACAUAUUUAAUUGAAGCACCACCACGUAUUAUGUCAUCUGAAAUACCAUAUAUUGGUGUAAAAUGGGGUGGAUUUCCUGAAAAAUUAGAACAACAACAACAACACCACCACCACCACCAACAACAACAAAACCACCACCACCCCCAACAACAACAACAACAACAAAUAACUAUUACAUAA